UCACUGCUCGGACUUGAUCAUCAUCGGUCUGAAAAUGUCUAGCACUGCGCUGGCCUUCCUGAUUCUUUGCCUGAGCCCAGCUCUGGGUGUACUCGUACCCCAACACUAUUGCGACAAUCACUUCAGAUACGCCAGGGACUACGAUGGAUCCCCCUUUAUAGGCAUUUUCACAGCCCCCAAGACGAAAUCAGCAAGUUUAAAUUUGAUGUACAACUGGCAGGCGACAUUCGAAAUCCAAGGAAUACACAAACUGUUUGUAAGCCCUCUGGUCACCUAUCCCAGCAAGGAGGAGGCCGCGGCGAAUAUUAUGAACGGAGAGCCGGCUCAGGUUUGGGUGCGGUUCAUCAAUGUCACCACUGAGUUGCCCAAGCUGACCUCUUUGAUUCUCAACGGAGUGCAGCUGUGCCACAGUGCACCAUACGGACUACCAAAGACCAGAGCCACGGUGAAGCACCAUAUGUUCAUAGCCCAGAAACAGAGAGGGAUUGUCCCUACUACAGAAGGUUCGCCACCUUUUUAUGGAGAGAGGACAAAGUAAGGGAUUUACAAAGUUUCAUUCAAUAUUUACAAUUGAAUAUUCACUUCCAUGCAAUAAAGCAAUCAACGUAAUACCUUUA